UCAAUUUACGGCAGCGUUUCUCUUGUGCAAAACCCAAAGGGAAACCCAUCCGAGACUUCUGACACAGUAAAUUACCACAAGGCUAUUCCUGGAGUCAUCUUUUCACGUUGCUGUCAGGAGGACACGUGUUGGGUGCUCGCUGCGAUGAAAAUGAGGAGACAACCAAACAUUCUGUUAACAGGGACCCCUGGUGUUGGAAAAACAACUCUGGGGAAGGAGCUGGCUCAGCGGACAGGGCUCGCCUAUGUUAAUAUCGGUGAUCUUGCUCAGGAAGGAGAUCUUUAUGAUGGCUAUGAUCAAGAGUACCAGUGCCCCAUUUUGGAUGAAGACAGGGUGGUGGAUGAGCUAGAUGAGAAGAUGUCACAUGGAGGUGUGAUUGUAGACUAUCAUGGCUGUGACCUCUUCCCUGAGCGCUGGUUUCACAUUGUCUUUGUCCUCCGAACAGACAAUACUCAGUUGUACACACGGCUCGAAAGCAGGGGUUACACGGGAAAGAAGCUGCAGGACAAUGUGCAGUGUGAAAUCUUUCAGACCAUCUAUGAAGAGGCAAUUGAGGCCUACAAAGAGGAGCUUGUCCACCAGCUUCCCAGCAACACUCCUGAGGACCUGGAAAGGAACUUGGAGCAGAUAGUACAGUGGGCUGAGCAGUGGAUAAAAGACCACAAUUAGAGUGGAAAAGCGCCUAAUGGAUGACUGACUGGCUGUCAGACAAAAAAAUAAUUUGUACCUGUACUUAUUUUCAUAAAUACUGCCAUCAUGAAAACUGCCCGUAUAUAAUCUUUACGUCAUUGGAAAACAGUUUCAAGAGCUCAUCAACAUACAAGCAUAAAACGCACAUCAAUGAAGCCAAGAUGGACAAAAUAUGUCCACAGGUGGAAAAGUAUGAUGAUGAUCACCUUACAGAAGGAUAAAUUAAUGUACAGAAUAGGUUAGCAAAAAGAAUAAAAAUAAACUCAGACUUCCAGCACCCCAUAUAAAAAGGGUCAAAGUUGCAAGACACUUUCAGACAAGAGGCACAUCAUUAUCAAUUCAUUGUGAGUCGUUCAGGCUGGGCACAGCCCAGGAAUAGAAACUUUUACCAAAAUGAGAUGUGGAAGAUUUCAUCAAAUGGAAAUAUUUGCUUGAAGGGAGAAGAACAAAAUGGCUGGCAGCAGGAUUACCCGAAGGGUUGUGUACAAUACUAGCCGAGCACAUUUCAUCCGGCUUGGGAAGAUCGGUGCCAGUCGUCCUGCCUGCGAGGCGAACAACUCUGUUAAGGAAUUUCGGAUCCUUGAGUGUUAGGCUACCAAACCACAAAAUUAUUGAGCUGAACAGGAUCCUCUUGGUGACACAUUGAUCAAAUGUAUGCAAAAUAUGACAAUUCAGAGUGUUUUCCGUCAGUUUACAUGGGGGGGGGGUGAAAAAGCCGUUCUUGUGACUUUUAACAAUGAUACUCAUAUUUAAGAGCACCUAUAACAGCAACACCUAAAAAAAAAAAAUAUAUAUAUAUAUAUAAAUAAAUAAAAAACUCUUGACCUUGUUGCUGUUAAUGGUUAAAAGGAGAUGCGGUGUAAGCGUUCUUACAGGUAAAAUCAAAAAGUAGCUCCUUUGUUUUGGAGGUAUUUGAAGUCAGAUUGUCGGAUACGAGCGUUGUCACACUCGAGACCACAUUUUCAAGGUUGUCUCGGACUCGAGUCCCAAACGUUUUGAUCUUGUCUCGGUCUUGGACUGGCCGGACUCGAGAUUUUCAAUCAAGAACCCCCACUGAUCUGCUAUUCUUCAAAUUCAUGAAUGCGAUGACGAGGAGAAGCAAAAGCAAACAACAAAUACCUUCAAUUUACAGCCCCUGUUGACUGCAACCUUCGCAGUGUUUUGAGUGAAUUGUGAUGUAAAUUUGGCUUCCUCAACCAAAAACCUCCAGAAGUAAAACAAUAUGCAAAAGAAAAUAAACUCAUUGAAAGGGCGCGGACAACAUCAAACUUUCGCGGGCAUCGCCAAAGACAACAAACAGGUAAGCUAAGUUAACUGGAAGUAACCGGACUCAUUUUGUUUCUGAGCUUAAUAUUUCUUGAAAGAGGUUUUAAUUCAUUUGGUAGGUGCAGAACCCUAAUUUUAAUUGAAUUGGCAUUAUUGUGACACCCCACCGUGCAUGUUUAAAUUACAAAAUGCUGCAGUCUCUUGCGUGACUUAAAUGAUCUUUUUUGAAAUACAUCUUUUGUCCUGUUAGGGAUCGCCACAGUGUGUCAUCCUUUUCCAUGCAAGUCUAUGUAGUGACUCUGACCCAGAACCUCCCCCCAAACUGCAUUCUUCCAAGCGGCCCUACUGUGAGACUACCACAAGAAGACGCCUACUGGACCCGAGAGCAAAUAGCAGGUCCCCUCAAAAUCUUGGUUUGCAGUCAUCAUAGACUCCUGGUCUUCGUUUGAACAGACAGCAGCCAAAAGGGACCCAUCGACGAUGGAAUGCAAAUACAGCAACAAACUAUUUGCUUAAUAUUCAAACGUGCAUGCAAGGCGCCAACCACUGGCGUUUGAGAGUACUGCAACCCAUGAACUUCCAUUCCGUUGUUUGUUAACCAAGGAUAAAUGUCUGUUUUGAUAUUUUAAGAAUUCUGCAGUUAUUCCAAAUGUAUGCCGUGAUGUCUGUGUCAGUGUAUCAACUUUACAAGCGCCGCUGUUUGUCUUGAUUAAAGUCCAAGCAGCAUGAAAUGUGAUUUGAACCACAAGCAGUUGAUUUGCCAAGACUAAAGUAUAAACAGCCAGUCUAUAUGCUUGACCUGUGAGUAGAGAGUACAAAGUUGAGGGUAUUUUAUAUUAAUAUAUGUUUUUAAACUCAUUUUAUGGGUCAAAACUAGACUAGAUUCAAGCUGAUGGUUGUGGUCUGGUCUGGUCCUCUCCGACACGCCCCCGGGGUAUUUAACGCCUGACUCCCGCCGCCUUGCUUUUUUUUUUGUGUGUGCGUUUUCCUGUCUUCGUGUUCUGGCUGGCCUUUGUUCGGCCAUGCCGCUCGGUAACCGCGGGCCUCGGGGAUGGAGACUGCUUCCCAGCCUCUCCGUGGGCCACCGCUAGGCCAUCAGAGCAGCUGCUACUAAAGUUUCCACCCAAGCGAGUGAGUAACACACCAGUGUUUACCAGACUGUACAAUAUUAGUGCCUAACAAUUUUGGGGCAAUUAGUAGCUUCACACAAAAUCCUAACUUUGUCCUCUCACUUUCCCGUCCGGAAUGGACGCGUUAAACGCUCGCGUUUUCAACUUUAGUCCAACACACAGUGUUCUAUUUCCCUUUUCGUACUCCUAUUUUCCUUCUUUUUACCAUUGUGUGUUUCCCUCUAGAGCCCUUGUGGAUGUCAUUAAAUAUAUCAAAAAUUCCACUCCUGGUUGUGUUUUGUGUGUGUUCUGAGUUUAAGUAAGCCUCUGUCAUCGAGAACACGAAUUUCAUAAACUGUGGCAACCUUCAGAUUACGAGACUGAUAAAAAGGUUUCUCGUCACUCUUCCCUAAAUUUUAUACACAUAAAAAGUGACGUGGUGCCCCUUUACGAGACAAAAAACUUGAAAGCGUAAAUCGGACUAACCCGGAAAUGAACGCAUGCGUUUACCUUCCUUCGUAUCUUUUUCCAAAUUAAUUGCAUUUUCAUUUUGACCAAUAUACGCUACACCUAUCUCCUGCACCCUCCUCUCGAACACCAACUGCCCUCAUGUCUUCCCUCACGACAUCCAUCAACCUCCUCUUUGGUCUUCCUCUCGCUCUCUUGCCUGGCAGCUCCAUCCUCAUCAUCCUUCUACCAAUAUACUCACUAUCUCUCCUUUGGAUGUGUCCAAACCUUCGAAGUCUGCUCUCUCUAACUUUGUAUCCAAAACAUUACGUGUUUAUGUUACGUUCAUUACAUUGGCCGUCCCUCUGAUGAGCUCAUUUCUAAUCCUGUCCAACCUGGUCACUCCUUGAAAGAACCUCAAUUCCGCCACCUCCAGCUCUGCUUCCUGUCGCCUCUUCAGUGCCACUGUCUCUAAUCCGUGCAUCAUGGCCGGCCUCACCACUGUUUUCUAAACUUUGCCCUUCAUCCUAGCAGAGACUCUUUCUGUCACAUAACACACCUGACACCUUCCUCCACCCGUUCCAACCUGCUUGGACCCAUUUCUUCACUUCCUGACCGCACUCAACCAUUGCUCUGGACUUUUGACCCCAAGUAUUUAAAGUCCUCCACCCUUGCGAUCUCCUCUCCCUGGAGCCUCACUCUCACCCCUCCUCCCUCUCAUUCGUGCACAUAUAAUCUGUUUUACUAAGGCUAAUCUUCCUCUCUCUCCUUUCCAGUGCAUGCCUCCACCUUUCUCACCGUUCCGCCACCUGCUCCGUUUUCACUGCAGGUCACAAUGUCAUCUGCGAACAUUAUGGUCCACGGGGAUUCCAGUCUAACCUCAUCUGUCAGCCUAUCCAUCACCACUGAUAUAAAGUACGUUUUACUUGACAGGUAUAGCUUUUUAUAAACGAUAUAAUGUAAAAUGUACAUUUUCAUUCUUGAAAUGUUUGUCAACUUUUUUCUGGGAAUCAUCUUGAAGUGCCUUUUGGGAGGUCAUUAAUUGUUUCGAAGGAGAAAAAAUAUGAAGCAACAUUUUUCAAACUUUUCAUGCCACACUGUAUGUACCAUCAGGUGUCCGAAAUGAAGUUUCAUGAUUUGCAAUGUUUUCUGAAUAUGCUAAUUAAUUUUUGGGAUAUGUAUGAAUAUUCUCCUAUUGCUUAAUUUGCCUUUUCCAUGAAAACUAACACAAAUGCAUUGUAGUGUCUUCAGAGUUCCUUUUUUUAUUUGUUUGGGGUUCUUUUUCAAACAGUCCAUUGUUACUCAAGCGGUCUUUAUGUUGUUGCAAUCCACCAGCGGGAUCUGUGAAUUUAAGUGCCAGGACGAAGCAGCUCUUUUUGCAUUCACAAAAUAGCAGACAGCAAAAUAUAAUUGUGUUAAUUCUGAGCUAUGAAUGAACAUGUAUAAAUUUGUGGAAGUGCCGUAACUAUUGCAUGU